ACGAAAGCACAUACUUCAGCGACCGCUGGUUUAUAAACUGCGAUUGGUCGAUAUUAUGGCAUAAACUCGAUUAUCAUUGGCCAUAUAUUUUUCGGGAACGAGGAAAAUUGAGUUGUAAACGAGGCGCGUGCUUGAAGGACAACGCAGGACUGAAAACAAGCGUGCACCUUUUCAGCACCGAUCCUCGUGGAUAGCGGUACAGGGCCAUUCCACCAAUUAAUCAGACCAGACAAGCGUGGGGAUACGAGCAGCAUCGGUUUCUUCGAUAAUCAUAGAGCUACCACAAUUGUGUUAUUCAGCCAAGCGGCUGCCGUGUUCACUGGGUAGUAGCUGUUGAGUUCCAUGAGCGGUGGAUUCGAAGCAAAACGGCACAAGCUUUGUUUGCCCUAAGGGCUGCAAGUGCAAGGAGCCAUAGCUAGUACUGCUACCAGUAUUGUUUUUAGAAGGGAAGAAACUGUGGUGCUCAUUGUGAUUCAACGGGUUCUUGGAUCGAAAGGGACCAGGAAUAACGGCCUGCAAAUGAAGGGAAGCAAGUGGAAAUCGAGUAAUUAAUCGACCAUUAAAAGAACAGCUGUAAUCGUGGUGUUAGAUGUUUUAGCCACAUUGCUUGUUCGUGUAGCUGCACUCUAUUGUAUGAGCAUCUUUGUAUUAUUCGCGUCAAUCUCUGACUAGGAUCCCGCGCUCUCGUUCGCCCGCCCGCCCGCCACCCUCUCGGCCACAGCUGUGUGUAUUCUGUACUAUUUUCAAUCGGCACGACACAGUUUGAUACAAAUAUGUGUUCUCGGGUUUGGUUUGUGACCGACCGGCGUAUCCACCAGGAGUAUCCGCAAGUCCAGAUCCUUCGGGCUCUGAAACAGCGAUGCGCCGAGGAGGAUGUUGAAUUCCGCUCACUUCUCAUGGACCAAAUCGUGCUCACCAUCAGUGAGGGACAAUUAGGUCUGCGGGUGGAGCAGGAGGUGGUGACGUCCUACCCUCAGGUGGCGGUGGUGCGGGUGCCCACCCCCUGGGUGCAGUCGGACAGCGACAUCACGGUUCUGCGCCACCUGGAGAAGAUGGGCUGCAGGCUGGUCAACCGGCCCCAGGCUAUCCUCAACUGCGUCAACAAGUUCUGGACCUUCCAGGAGCUGGCCGGCCACGGGGUCCCCCUCCCAGACACCUUCUCUUACGGAGGACACGAGAACUUCCGCAAGAUGAUCGACGAGGCGGAACCGCUGGGCUACCCCGUGGUGGUGAAGAACACUCGUGGCCACAGAGGAAAGGCAGUGUUCCUGGCCAGGGACAAGCACCACCUGGCUGACCUGAGCCACCUGAUUCGCCACGACGCUCCCUACCUCUUCCAGGAGUACGUGAAAGAGUCGCACGGUCGCGACGUCCGGGUGGUGCUGGUGGGCGGCCGUGUCAUCGGCUCCAUGCUGCGCUGCUCCACCGACGGACGCAUGCAGAGCAACUGCUCCCUGGGCGGCGUGGGGAUGAUGUGCCCGCUGAGCGAGCAGGGCAAGCAGCUGGCGGUGCAGGUGUCCAACAUCCUGGGCAUGGACGUGUGCGGCAUCGACCUGCUGCAGCUCAACGACGGCUCGUUCGUGGUGUGCGAGGCCAACGCCAACGUGGGCUUCAUCGCCUUCGACCAGGCGUGUGGCAUGGACGUGGCGGGCAUCGUGGCCGACCAUGCCCUCUCGCUGCUGCCCAGCCGCCUCACGCGCAAGAUGUCACUGCUCUCGGUGGUGUCCAGCGCCAGCGAGACGAGCAGCGAGCCCGAGGUGUGCCCUGCAGUCAGCAGCGUGCUGCCCGAGGCCGUGUGCAACAUGAGCGUGGGCUCUACUUCUAGCGAGAGCGACCCCGAGCUGGCCGAUACCACCCCUCAGCCCCCGAGCCGUCAAGCUGGCCCCAGCCCGGUGCUACCCAACCUCCCCGACCCGGCCUACAACUUCAACACCCUCCUUGCCAACGAGAUCAAAUUAUUGACUGAGUGAGCUGGACACAGCCAAGGCACGCACGCACGCACACACACACACACACACAGACACACACACACACAGACACACACACUUACAAACACACACCUGAACAUUUGGCGGUGGACAUUCCUGUUGCAGAGCACAAACACAAACUCCAAUACAUGUUACACAGGCAGGAUGUUACAUGCAAAAGCAUGAGCUGAACAAACAAAAAUGUAAUGAAAAAUGCUAUGACCACAUAAACUGACAUGACGAACAGAUGUAGACGCACGCGCCUUCUCAUACUAACUCCCCCCAUAAACACAUAGAGAUCUAAGGCUGCUCCCCUGACUCUUCUCCUCUUCUCCCCCACUGCAAACAACCCAGUUAGUUUACAACUGCAGUUGGUGGCAGAAGUGGGAUCCAGAAGGUUAGCUGAAUUAAGGAAUCUUUUUGUUUUCAAUUGCUUUGUGAGGGUGAGUUGAGCAAGAGUGUUUAUUUUGUGAGAACCCUAAAGAGCGUUACAUACACCAGCACAUAGUCAACGGAAAUCUGUCCAUCCUAUUGAGCGAGCACACACUACAAAACUGUAUGUUGGAGAAUGAGAUUGAUGCGUGGUCGUCGUUGUAGAUUAACCACUGAGGACAUAGCCAGGCUUGAUUUACUGUUGGUGAAAUGAAUUGUUUUGCAUGGGAUUUUCUCCAUGACCGGGAGAGGGGUACACACAGAGGACUAGAUAGACUGCCCACCAGCUCCAUGUAGCAGAGGACAGACAGGUUACACUGUCACGGGGACUAUUAAGUGCAGAUUGGGGCCAAUUCCAUCUUCUACCUCAGUUAAUUAUGGAAAUGGGAUGAUUGAAAAUCAUAAAAUACAAAUCGACAUCACAUUUCAUUUGCAUUAAAUUCAUGAAUUGUCUGGAAUCAAAAUGGAACU